AUGCUGAGAUGGGAACAGUGCAACCGCGAUCUUACCAUUGCCACGUCCCUUCUAGAAGGAAGAGAGAGCCCGGACGGCAAUAAGAAUACUGUUUCAGAAAGGGUCCAAGAAGAGCCUGGCGCACUUAGCGUCGUGGCGCGGGCCAAGUUGGCCAAUGUUAUGGGGGCGAAAUCGCCAUUUGUAGUAUUCGAGAUGCACCAAGGCGAAUGUGCAUGA